GCUCCGGCACUGCAGAAACGUCAUCAUGAUCGUCAUUAUCUUGAUAGUGAUAUCUGCUCCUGAAUACCGAGAAAGCACGAGUUCACGAUGAAGUGAUAUUACAGCAGGAGAAACCAGACAUUAGGCAUUAUGUAAACAUUAGGCUGGAGAGAUGGAUGACACGUGCAAGGAGGGCAAACUCCUCUCUUUUCUUUUUUACCAAGCUGUGCGGGACCAUAAACCUGUGUGGAUGUUGGAGGACAUGCGCAACAUGGAGACAUUUCACUGGGAAGAAGACACCCGGCAACGGACAUACACUCCUUCCCAAGCACUUCUGUAUGCCAUCGUGCACGACCACAGAGCUUAUGCACGAUAUCUACUGAAUCAGUUCUCAGACAGCGCUCUUGCCAGGCCAGGUGAGCAUUUCUGCUGCUCUUCAUCAUCUGCCCCACACCUGGCCAUGGCUGUCCGCUAUGACAGGAAGGACAUCAUGGCUCUCAUCCUUCAGGUGGCACAUAGAAUGCCCACUCUGCGCUCAUACAUGAACCGAGGUGGAUGUGACCAAAUGGAGGAUGGCAAAACCCCACUUCAUCUAGCAUGUGAGCUAUCACGCUCAGACGCCGUCAUGAUGUUAUUGGGAAAUGGGGCUUCACCGCAAGCUGAGGACCACAAUGGUAUGACACCGCUGGAUCUCAUCCUUGAGCAGCUUUGGACCUCCAAAGUGAACACAGGUGCCAGGAGGAUGUGCCUUGAGAACCUGCUCAUGUUCAUGCCUGAGGUGCGGUUCAAAAUGAAGAGCUCACUAGAAAAGGAUCCACAAUGCUGGUCUAAAGUUCUGGGAGAGGAACAGUUUAACUACCUCGUCGGGAGAAUUCCAGGAACGCUCUUUCUCAUAGCUAUGCAAAGAAUCCUGUCUCAACUGCCACCAGAAGAAUUUCCAAAAAGUCUGGACAAACUACCCAUUCCGGCUUCUCUGAAACCCCUAACUCAGCCCUUAAUGCAGUCCUAACAGUGGCCUGACAGUCCCACUGAAACAUACUUGGAAACUGCUUGGAGUUUGUUUGUUUUGUUUUGUUUCUAAUUUAUAUCAAUGUGACGCGCAUGAAUUUGACAUGUUUGUAUGUGUGUGGGGGGGGCGGGGUGUGUCAUGAAUUGAAGAUCAAAAUUAUCACUGUAACUUGAGUAAGCAAAACGUCUUCCUGUUCUCCUAUUAAAUAAUGGAAACACCUCUUUUUUAUUUAUUAAAAAAAGGACAAUAUUUUUAUAUGACUAGAAAUAUAUGAACAAGAAAUGUAUGUAUUUCCUUAUGGUUUUAAUGAUUAUGCAAACUAAUUAAAUUUUACUUUUAUUCUUUCCGGGUUUUACUAUUGAGAA